GUCCAAGCUGCAAAAGUGAACCAACAAUGCCGAAAGUGAGCUCCAAGUCGGGGCCACCCCGAAAGAUGUCGUUGAACAAAUCGACCCACUCCAUGAACCCGGACCGGCCUACCGAGGGUCUCAAGGGGGUGGCCAAACCGCGUACGAAGGCAACGAUCAAGCGGUUGCAAAUGUACCGGAACUUUAAGGCGAAGCGUGACCGCCGAGGAAAAAUCAUCACCCCGGCACCGUUUCAGGGGUGGGUUAGCAGUGGUACGGUGGCUCGUGUCGAACCGUCCCCGAAGUGGUUUGCCAAUUCGCGUGUCAUCUCGCAGAAAUCGUUGCAAAAGUUUCAGGAAGAGAUGGGCAAAGCGGUAAAGGAUCCGUACAAGGUGAUCAUGAAGCCUACCAAUCUGCCGAUUACGCUACUGAACGAAUCGGCUCGCUAUCAGCGGGUGCAUCUGCUUGAUACGGAAAGCUACGAAACGGUGUUUGGCAAGAAGAAACUGCGCAAACGGCCAACGCUGAAAGUACGGGAUCUGGAGGACCUAACGAAGACGGCUGAAGAAUCGGCUGAGAAGUACGAUGAGACGAAGGAUCACGAUAUUGAGCGUGAUGAUGGUGGGGUGAAGGAUGCGGUGCGGGAGUACAUUUUUGCUGCCGGCCAGAGCAAGCGUAUCUGGAAUGAGCUGCACAAGGUGGUCGAUUCGGCGGACGUGUUGUUGCAGGUGCUGGAUGCACGUGAUCCGAUGGGAACGCGCUCGAAGUACAUCGAAACCUUCCUCCGGAAGGAAAAGCCACACAAGCAUCUAUUCUUCAUCCUGAACAAGGUAGAUUUGGUGCCGAUUUGGGUAACGCAGCGCUGGGUGGCCAUACUCAGCAAGGAGUAUCCGACGAUCGCUUUUCACGCCUCACUAACUCAUCCGUUCGGUAAGGGAGCGCUGAUCAAUCUAUUGCGCCAGAUCGGCAAGCUGCACGUGGAUAAGAAACAGAUCAGUGUUGGUUUCAUCGGGUACCCGAACGUGGGCAAAUCGUCUGUCAUUAAUGCCCUGCGCAGCAAGAAGGUGUGUAAGGUCGCUCCAAUUGCGGGUGAAACGAAGGUUUGGCAGUACAUUACGCUGAUGAAACGCAUCUUCCUGAUUGAUUGUCCCGGUGUGGUGUACCCGACGGCGGAAACGGACACCGAGAAGGUGCUGAAGGCGGUGGUACGUGUUGAGCUGGUUAAUAAUCCGGAAGACUAUAUCGAGGAGGUGCUGAAGCGCAUCCGCAAGGAGUACGUUGUGAAGACGUACGGUGUGUCGGAGUGGACGGAUCAUAUUGAUUUCCUUGAGCAGAUAGCCCGCAAAAUGGGCAAAUUGCUCAAGAAGGGUGAACCGGAUGUGCCAACCGUUGCGAAGAUGAUUCUGAACGAUUGGCAGCGUGGUCGUUUACCGUUCUAUGUUGCACCGGAAGGCUUUGAAAUACCGAAAUCGUUCCACGAGCAGCAGCAAAAGCAGCUAGGACAGGAAGUAGCGGAAGAAGGGGAGCAAGAAGAAUUGAAUCAGUCGCUACAAGGGGACGAGGAGCAGAAGAGCACGUACUCGGGUGUAACAGCUACACCAACCAUCCCGGACACCGUCAAGAAGGGUCGCGAGCUGUUCCAGAUACAAGAUUUCCGCAAGAUUAAAGUUAACCUGGAGUUUGAAAGCGAAGACGUUCGCGAAAUCGAUAAGAUCGAUCUGGAGCUGCUGGAGAAGCUGAAGGAAGAGAAGAAAGCGGAAGCGAAGGCUAAGAGAGCCAAUCGUAAGAAGGCUGCCGCUGGUGAUGGCGAUGAAGACUCGUCCGGUAUUAGCGAUUUCUACUCGGAGGACGAGUAUGACGAAGAGCAGGGCAGGGUGGUGCAUCGUAGCGCCAAGGAAAAGGCACAUCUUACCAAGAAGAAACAGACACCGGAGGAGGAGGACGAUGCAGCUGCAGUGGAAAAGGCGGCAGAACCAGAAACGAGCACGAAGAAAGCCGUUAAGCUUACCUCCCGACAGAAGCGUGCGAUUGAGCGUGCCGGCAAGCGGAAAAAGAUUGGCAGCAACUUCUACGAGACACACAACGUUAAGAAUCGCAAUCGAAACAAGAAGGCAAAAAUGGACGAUUGAGUGUGG